CUCAUUCCUGCCGCUUCAUACUGUAUGAACUGACUAUGCAGAGUAAGCGAAGAAACAUUCCUGCUCUUCUACUCGCCUCCCAGACAGUCGCUGUAAUUCCUGCUAAUGCGGAUAAUGCUCAGGACACGUUGCGCAUGUAGCGCGCUGCCUGCGACGCGCAGUCCUGCUUGGAUUUGGACGCAGCCCGCGUCCCCCGGCAGAGAGGGCACGGCCUAUCAGAUUAUGUGGUCAGAAUUGGCGGUAAUCUGUGGAUAAAACAUGUAUUUUAACAGGACAAAGUUUUUUUUCCCUACUCCAAACUAUGAUUUAAUUGCGUAUUUCUAAUUACCUGGUGAGAUAGUUUAUGUGUUUCUGGAUGAAUCAGAGAAAGGCAGCGGAUGAUGAGAGUCGGAACUGAAUUUCAGCUCUUCCACUUACUUGGCAGCUUUGGUAGGCACACACAGCUAAUCACAACACCAAGAAGAGUGUGAGGACAAACAUGGACUCGAAUGGACCACUCAAUCGUAGCCAAUCGCUGGCAAGCGGCCUAGAGAAGACGUCACCGUCAUGGAACAAGCCCGCACUCUCUCAGAGUAGCAGCACUUUGUCAUCUCGUCACUCCAGACAGAUUAUCAAAGACUGGGAAGUAAUUGAUGACCUUCAAGUAGAAAUGCAAGCAGGAAGUGAUAGUCCUCAAGAUAUGACAGCUCCGGGAAUUUGUGAGGGUUAUCUUCUUAAGAGGAGGAAGUGGCCUCUUAAAGGCUGGCACAAGCGAUACUUUGUUUUGGAAGCAGGAAUAUUACGCUACUCCAAAAGCCAACAAGAUGUCUCCAGGGGACGAGUCCAGGGCUCACUAGAUAUUAGUCUUGCCGUCAUGUCGAUAAACAAAAAAUCGAAUCGGAUCGACUUGGAUGCUGGGGACAUUCUCUAUCAUAUCAAGGCAAAGAGCCACGAUCUCUUCUACAUUUGGGUGACGAAGUUGCAAGCACAUCGCCUGUACAAAAAGAAUGAGACAACUCACGCUCACAGUGGCCUCCUGGAGACACUGUCCAACACAACUCCGGCUGGACAGGCUCACAGAAAUGGAGAUGUGAGUUUGGCAGGAGUGGAAAAUUCAGCAAGGGGAUUGGGGGUCUUACCUUCAGCCAACACUGCUGCGAACAGCAAGGUGUCUGCCUGGCUGAAGCAAAGUCACAAUCCAGACAUGUGUGUUCAAGAGUUAAACCGCUGUAAUUUGGACCUGUCGGAGCUAAACCGUUUAAUUCAGAGGCUUCAGGCCAUGGAGGUGGGCCAGACUUUCACUAAUGGAGAUCUGCAACGCAUUAUCAGCACACAGAAUCUUUCACUUGAGAAGCCAAAGAAGGCAAAGUCAGGAAAGAUUUGGGGUCACUCUCGUACACUAUCCAGAGUAGAGGCGCUGGGAAUGGUAAGAAUGCCUGUUCGGGGGAUUUCCAAAUCGCUGUCCUCCAGUCACCUAAACAGUUCGUCCCACCUCGGUGUGUCAGCGCCCUCCAUCCCCGACUAUGUCUACUCCCAGCUGUCCCAUCCCACUGUCUUAUCACCUGAGGGCAAGAAAAUCCAGCAGGAUAUCUGCACCAUGUCGUCACGAGUGCUUUCUUCUCUGAAGUCAGUGCAUGAAACUCUGUCCUUGGAGAGGGAAAAGUUGCAAGAAGCUUGGGAAGCCAACAACCUCCAUCAGUCUAACACAUUAGCUGUGCUUCCGCCAAAACAUGGUCCUCCUUCGGUAACAGAUUCGGCGGCAGAGUAUUUUGAUGCCAGCGACGAUGUCCUUUGUGGUAGUUCCUCUGAGGUGUCUGAUGAAUCCAGGCUUAGUGACAGAAGCACCAGUAAUUCAGAGCCAGAGGAUGGACAUGCAUCAACAACCAGGAAGUACCGUGCAAGCAUUUCUAGGACUCCAAACAAUGUUGUUCCCAAGAGCACUGGACGUCGAACAACCCUACCAGCUCCCUGUCCUGACAACAGCCACGUAGGCCUCAUGGCUAUUCUCUACAAUAACAUAGGUAAAGACUUGGCUCGAGUAUCCAUGCCAGCCGCUCUCAAUGAACCAAUUAACCUGCUGCAGAGACUUUGUGAAGAGCUGGAGUACAGCGAGCUGCUGGACACAGCCAGCAACACACCAGACCCAUACCAGAGGAUGGUUUACAUUGCUGCCUUUGCUAUUUCUGGUUACUCCACUGCAACGUUCAGAAACCGCUAUAAGCCCUUUAAUCCGGUGCUGGGGGAAACCUUCGAGUGUAUUAGAGAGGAUCGACGUUUCUGCUUCAUCAGUGAGCAGGUCUGCCACCAUCCACCCAUCUCAGCCUGCCAUGCUGAGUCAGAAAGCUUCACAUUUUGGCAAGACCAGCGAUGGAAAAAUAAAUUCUGGGGAAAGUCACUGGAAAUUGUGCCAACAGGAAUGGUCAAUGUAACUUUACCAAGGUAUGGGGAUCACUACGAGUGGAACAAAGUGGUGACCUGCAUCCACAAUGUACUUAGCCAGCAAAGGUAUCUGGAGCAUUAUGGAGAGGUGAUCAUCCAAAACCUGACUAACAACACCUGCACCUGCAAGAUCACCUUCGUCAAGUCUCGUUACUGGGGUUCAGACUCGAAUAAGAACGAAGUGCAGGGAACAGUAAUCGACCAAAGCGGCAAUGUCAUUCACCGAUUUGGAGGUCUUUGGCAUGAAGGAAUCUUCUGCGAUACUCUGCCAACUCCAAAAUGCAUCUGGAAGCCAAAUACUCAGCCAAAGGAUUACCUGCUGUAUUAUGGCUUCUCUUCUUUUGCCAUGGAGCUCAAUGAACUCACGCCAAACCUGAAGCCUCUCCUUCCUCCUACCGACACCCGCCUGCGCCCAGACCAAAGAAUGCUGGAGGAGGGAAUGGUUGGUGAGGCUGACAAGAAGAAAGACGAAGUUGAAGAAAUUCAAAGAGAGCGGAGAAAACACCUCUCCAAAAGGGGUGAAGAACAUGUUCCUCGUUUUUUCAAGAAAGCCAAGGAUUCCUGUGGACGAGAUGUGUGGUUGACCAAUGGCACUUACUGGGAGCUCAGGAAGAAUCCAGGUUUUUCUAACCUUGAAAACGUAACUUUGUGGUGAUGAAGACCACAGCAUCAUGCACACAUUACUUUUUGGAAAAAAGCCUAAAUAGUGUUUGAUGGUUUUGAGCAGCACAAAUGACCCGCUUUAAAGGAGUGAAGACAGUGCUGUUCUCUCAUGACUGGUUUCACGGGAAUGUUCAGUGAUAUAUCAAGACAUGACUGGUGGAAAAACAGAUAUAUUGUUAACGUUUCUUAAUUUAUUUUAUCAUUCAUUGUAGAAUACUUCAACUCAAUACAUGCAUAAUUAUACAAUUUUCCAAGUUAACUUUGAGAUUAGUGAGCAACUAAAUCUUUGAGUGCAUCAUGUGUACAAUUUAAUUUAAAUAUUGUCCUCUUAACCAGCUUUGACAGCAUUUUCUAACUGACUGGAUAAAUGAAGUGGCAUCCGUUUUACUGUCAAGGUAAAUACCAGCUAAUAUUCCUGCUGUGUGGAUGUAUACUGCCACCCUCUAUUCAUCUCUGUCCUCUAAGGGCUCACAAGCUGUUUUCGCUGCCUCAGAGUGGCUAAAUAAGGUAUUACAGGUUUGUAACAGGAGCUGCAUUAUAACGUGUUUUGUUGAGGAAACCAGCAUAUAAUUGAUGGAUGAUGGAUGCUGCACAUGUUUUAAUUUAGACCCAUUUUUGUUAAAUUAGAGAAUGAGCGAAUGUUGUUCCUUAGGUGAAACUCACUUUGGAUGAAGAUCUUUGCUAAAUGAAACUAUAAUGUACUAUUUAACCUUUGAGACAUCUUUGUCUUUGCAAGUUAUUUAUUAUUGUCACUGGUUUCCUAAAAAGGAUGCUUACUAAUAAAGUUUAUGAUGAUAUGUAUCCAA